CCCAUUUGUCUUCUUGCCAUUACCCACAUCAAUCGGAUUUAGUGUUUUUCUUUCUUCGGUAUUAUGGCCAUCUGAGUGGUCAUCCCCGCGGAGUCAAAGUGGAGCCCCGAGGGUCUCGGAUUGGCGCGCUCCUGCAGGGGCUCGGAGGCGCGCCUGGGACUUCCCGAUUUUUGCCUGGUUUUGUCUCAGCUAACCAGACCGAUGCUUCGAAUCGCCGGGAGCGGAGAGGGUCUCAAAGGUCCAGGACUCCCUCGACUAGGGGUCGUCUUGCACCACAGAACACCUUUCUAGACACUAUUGCCACCCGUUUUGAUGGGACCCACAGUAACUUUGUCCUGGGGAAUGCCCAGGUGCAGUCUCUGUACCCAAUCGUGUAUUGCUCGGAUGGCUUCUGUGAGCUGACCGGCUUUGCCCGUGGCGAGCUGAUGCAGAAGAGCUGUACAUGUCACUUCCUGUAUGGGGCGGAGACCAGUGAGCGCCUCACAACUCAGAUCCAAAAGGCUUUGGAUGAGCGGCGGGAGUUUAAGACAGAGUGCAUCUUGUAUAAGAAAGGGGGAGACCAGUUUUGGUGUCUACUGGACGUAGUGCCCAUCAAGAAUGAGAAGGGAGAGGUGGUCCUGUUUCUGGUCUCCCACAAGGACAUCACAGAGACGAAGAGGAACCAGCAAGACCAGGGAGACCAUGGACAAGACUCAGACACUGAUGAGGACACAGGUCUGGAGGUACACAAGAUCACCCGUCCUCCAGGCUUUGACAACAACCGUAGACGUAGCCGGGCCGUGCUUUACCAGCUGUCUGGACACCUGCAGAAACAAGACAAGAGCAAGCGCCAACUCAAGAUCAACAAUAGUAUGUUUAGAGCGACCACCAACCCCAUUCCUGAAUACAAGGUGGCUGCCACCCCGAAAUCCCGCUUCAUUCUGCUCCACUAUGGGACCUUCAAGGCAGGAUGGGAUUGGUUGAUUCUGCUUGCCACCUUCUAUGUGGCCAUCACCGUGCCCUAUAAUGUGUGCUUCACUGUGGUGGAGGGGCGGGACGAAGGGGGUGGGUCCGGGGCGCGCAACCCCCCCAGUUACAGCGACAUCUUGGUGGAGAUUCUAUUUAUUAUUGAUAUUGUGCUCAACUUUCGCACCACCUAUGUGAGUACGACGGGUCAGGUCGUGUAUGAUGCCCGCUCUAUCUGUGUGCACUAUGCCACCUCCUGGCUGUUUGUGGACCUGAUCGCCGCCUUGCCCUUUGACCUGCUCUACGCCUUCAACAUCAGCGUGUACUUCGGGGUGCACCUGUUGAAGACAGUCCGGUUGCUGCGUCUGCUGCGUCUGCUGCAGAAGCUGGAGCGCUACUCCCAGUACAGCGCCGUGGUCCUCACCCUGCUCAUGUCCACCUUCGCCCUGCUGGCCCACUGGAUGGCCUGCGUCUGGUAUUUCAUCGGGCGAAAGGAGAUCGAGAGCAACAGCUCCUGGGAUAUCGGCUGGCUUCAUGAACUGGCAAAACGUCUUGGCACCCCCUACAUAUUCUCACCUUUAACAUCGUUCCUUGGAGUCACCGAUUCGCUGCACACUUCUAUAACUAAUGGGCUGGCGGCCAAUUACAAUCACUGGAACGCGUCAGGGUCCAAGCCCAUUGGGCAAGAUUUCUCCAACUCCUUCAGCUCUAGCCAAUGGAACGUCAGCGGGACCAAUGGUUCAGGGGUCUCGGGGGCGGCGCUGGGAGGCGGGCCAUCUGUCAGGAGCUCCUACGUUACGUCGCUGUACUUCGCUCUGAGCAGUCUGACCAGCGUGGGCUUCGGGAACGUUUCGGCCAACACGGACUCUGAAAAGAUCUUCUCCAUCUGCACCAUGCUUGUAGGGGCCCUGAUGCAUGCUGUGGUGUUCGGCAACGUGACGGCCAUCAUCCAGAGGAUGUAUUCGCGCCGCUCCCUCUACCACACCCGCACCAAGGACCUGAAGGACUUCAUCAGGGUCCACCGCCUGCCCAAGGCCCUGGAGCAACGCUUGUUGGAGUGCUUCCAGACCACCUGGUCGGUCAACAACGGCAUCGACGUCAGCGAGCUGUUGAAGGACUUCCCUGACGAGUUGAGGGCAGACAUUGCCAUGCACCUGAACAAGGAGCUCUUGCAGCUGUCGCUGUUUGAGUCGGCCAGUCGGGGCUGCCUGCGAUCCCUGUCCCUCAUCAUCAAGACCUCCUUCUGCGCCCCAGGGGAGUUUCUCAUCCGCCAGGGAGAUGCCCUCCAGGCCAUCUACUUUGUCUGCUCCGGGUCGAUGGAGGUUUUGAAGGAUAACACGGUGUUAGCAAUACUGGGCCGCGGCGACCUCAUCGGCAGUGACUCCCUGACCAAGGAGCAGGUGAUCAAGACGAACGCCAACGUCAAGGCCCUGACCUACUGCGACCUGCAGUACAUCAGCCUGAAGGGGCUCCGUGAGGUGCUGUGCCUUUACCCGGAGUACGCCCAGAAGUUCAUCGCCGAGAUGCAACACGACCUGACGUACAACCUGAGGGAGGGACACACGGCUGAGAUGGAUUGGGAGACCACCGUGAAGAAGCUUCCUUCCAUCAAAGAGGACGAGGAAGGGUCAGAGGAGAAUCGAAACUCGCCCCUUCCCAAAAUGUCCCGUACCCCUCUAGGUCUGGGGCGUGGACUGAGCUCCCCACUGCGCUCCCCGCUGCGCUCACCCCUGUUGCCCCCGCGCGGCCCCUUCCGCACGCCCACCGACCGCCACACCCAGCGGCCCACCAACCUGAAUAUCCCUGCGGUGAGCUUCAGCUGCGCCCCCCCGGACCUCAGUCCCAGGUUUGUGGAUGGGAUUGAGACCGACAGUGGUCGCAGUUUGGGCCAGAAGUUUGACUUCAGUCCCAGCGUGACCCAGUUAUUUCCAUCAAGCCCUAAUCCAGGAAUACUGAAUGAUUCAGACACCAUGCAGACUAUUGCCACUCUGAAAGAAGAGAUGACCAGCCUAUCCCACCAGGUGUCCCAGGUGGUCCAUGACCUCCAGGAGAUGACACAGCUGCUGAGGCCCCUCCUCCAGCCCCUCCAGUGUCCCUCCCAGUCCGUCCUCUCAUCCCUGAUGGCUGCUCUGUCUCCACCCACUAUCAGUGGCCACGCCCCUCCGCCGGACACACGCCCCUUUGACUCCACCUCACCGCGUGUGAAAGACACAGGGAUGUGGAGGGAGAGGAGACACUCGGACCCCCAUUUUAAGCCACCAAUUGGGGGCGUGCUCCCCACCCGCUCGGCUUCUACAGGGGCCAAGCCGUCCCCCACCGGCCCUGUUCAGCUCAGCUUCAUUGACGAGGAGAGACCCAUCAUCUGAGGGCCAAGUAGAAGUCAAUGCUAGGCCAGAUUUUCCUCACUGACAGUUAAGUAUGGGAUUGGGAGAGCCUAGGACAGGCAGAGACUGGCAUUAGAGAAUGGCAUCAGAGACUAACAUCAUAGACUGGCAUCGGAGAUAGGCUGGCACAUCACUGCAUGCGGCACAUGCCCAUGACUAACGCAGGUCACUAUUUCUGGAAUACUUAGAGGCCAGGAGAUAUUUAUCAUUAAAAAAUCUAUGUAUUAUUAAUAUUAAAUAUAUUAUUCAAUGUUAUGUCAUGAGAAGUUGUUACACAUCAUC